AAGUUCAUCUGCCACACUGUUUCUGUUUAGGGACCAACCCUUCCCUGAGGAAUGAGAUGAAGAUUCUUCAUGUAGAGGAACAUGGAGUGUCUUUAGAGGAAGUGCGUGAGGUCACCAGAUUCCAUGCUAAGAUUCUCCAUCCCAAGUUCUCAGCUAUCUCUGUUAUACUGAGCUAUAUCCUUUCAUGGAACGUAGAUGUCCACUGUGAGCUGAUGCUCUAUCUGACAGUGAAAAGGGAAACAUUAAUUCCACGCCUGUACCUGUUCCCCAGUAACCCCGGCCAAAUACAGGCUGUGGAACAACAGGAAAUAAAGUUUCAAGGAUCUAAAAGGUUUCCCAACACAAGACCAGAGCGGUCCUUCAAACUGAAGAGUUCCUUCAGACUGAACAUUCCCUGUUCUACCUCCAUCAAUCCACCGAGGAUUCAUCUCAUACAUAGAGACACCACACCAAGCUUUUUCAGGGCGGUUGUGAAAAUGACAGGGAUUGACAUUGCGAUGGAAUUAUUUGGUGAUGAUGAGACGACAGCGUGGAAAGAAAUAGUACCAACAGAUGAAUGCGUCACUGACCCCCGAUCAACAAGUGCUGUGUUGGGGGCAGGAGGUCCGGCUGAGAUCAGUCUGACUGGUUCAACAAAACUGCAGCUGCGUUCUGUACGGACAGAGUUUGUGAAACGAGUGUCAAGACCCGUCCUGAAUGAACUGCUGGACGGACUCCUGCAACACACAGUCAUCAACCAGGAGGAAAUGGAGUCAGUGAAGGUGAUCGCUGAGAGGGCAGAGAAGGCACGUGACAUCAUCGACAUGGUGUUGAGAAAAGGAACUGAGUCGUGUUUCAGGAUGAUCAACAUUCUUCGGGAGAUUGACCCCUAUCUUUGGUCAAUGCUUCAGAUUAACAGUGUUGGGGUACCAACCUAA